UCAGUCCAUCAGGAGAUCCAAGAGUUCCUGAAGUCAGAGAACAGAUCAGAGAAGAGACUCUCUGGGAUCCACUGCUCAGCUCUGGCCUACAUGCUGCAGAUGUCAGACCAGGUCCUGGAGGAGUUAAACCUGAGGAACUACAACACAUCAGAGGAGGGACGAUUCAGACUGAUCCCAGCUGUGAAGAACUGCAGGAAGGCUGAACUUCCUGACUGUAGACUCUCUGGUCCUCACUAUGAAGUGAUCUCCUCAGCUCUGAAGUCUGACCCCUCCCAUCUGAAACAUCUGAACCUGAGUGACAACGACCUGAAGGAUUCAUCAGUGGAGAUUCUGUGUUCUGGACUGGAGAGUCCAAACUGUAAACUGGAGACUCUGAGGUUGAUGGACUGCAGGUUGUCAGAGAUCAGCUGUUCUUCUGUGGCCUCAGCUCUGAAGUCCAACCCCUCCCUCCAGAAACAUCUGGAACAUCUGAACCUCAGUGAAAACUAUGAUCUUCGUGAUUCAGGAGUUUCUCAGCUGUGUGGUUUUCUGCAGAGUCCACUCUGCCGUCUGAAGACUCUGAGGUUGAGGGGCUGCAGGUUGUCAGAGAUCAGCUGUUCUUCUCUGGCCUCAGCUCUGACAUAG